CUCUGCGAUAGCUUUCUCCCCAGAGAAUUUGCCACGUACAUCAACUACACCCGGGGCCUGGCUUUCGAUGAUAAGCCGGACUAUCUGUACCUUCACCGGCUCUUCUAUCGCCGGUUUCGAGCGGAGGGUUUUAAAAAGUACUUCCUCUGCAUUUGCAAGACAAAAGGCGCAAACGAUUCUCAGCUAAUUACUGGAUAUGAUUGGCCGGUUAGAUGUGGAGUGCCCCGCAUUAUGCUGUGCUAG